AUGACUUUGCCUCUUUUCGGUUCUAUGGGAGAAUUUGAUCCAAGCACACAGACAUUUACUGUUUGUGAAAGGUUUGAACCCAGGAGUCAUUUCAUAAGUAUGUGAAACAUGAUCGUCCGUGUCGGUGUGGAGAGGGCCAUCAUAUGUGUUAUUAACAGAAGACAACGAGUCUGGCAUGGUGAUCUUGUCCCAUUUGUUAGUGAGUUGCAAUGUACGUAAGCAGCUGCAAUGUACGUAAGGGGACAAGUCCCAUUGCUCGUGUCUGCAAGAAGAGACGAGUGAACACUUCGACUGUCGAGAAAGAGGUGCUCGAAGAAUCUUCGAGCUGUAUACGGCUGUCUAGGAUAAGAAUGGCAUGUCCAAGACAGAAAUCUCUGUUCCAGGAGAGGAGUGCAUGAACACUUUGAAUGUCGAGGGAGAGUUGCUCGAAGAAUCUUCGAGCUGUAUGCGGCUGUCUAGGAUGAGAAGGCCAUGUCCAAGUCAGAAAUCUCUGUUCCAUUAAAGAUCCAACACAUUGUUUGUUCUAUGCAGUUAGACACCCUGUGUGCUCUUCUUUUUCUUUUAAAACCGUUUGCCCUUAUGUUAAGCUGAAACCGACAGCACUCUCAACCUAUACAGGUGAAACUGUGCGCCCCUUAGUAGAAGCAUUUGUGCAUGUACAGCAUUCAGGAUGGCAGCGAUUUCCGCCUGUAUUAGUGGUAGAAGGAGGCAAAUCUGCCUCAUUUGGUCGAAAUUGGCUCAUGGAUGUGAACCUAGAUUGGAAAUAUCUGCUUGAUUUAAACCUGCCUUCAUCGAUACCGUCAGCUCCUUUGAGAAAUAAUAAUGAUGAGUUAUUUCAGCCUCAACAUGAGUAA